AACUUUUGAUUAUCAUGUCCUCAGAAAUUUCUCCCGAGGAUGUAGCCAAAAUAUGUUUUGAUAAAUUUAAAAGUCUACCCAAGACCGGUAAACCCACUGACAAUGAAUGGACUAUAUUGGCCGGUGUGGUUGUACACAACAAACAAACUGGUAAGAGUGAAGUAAUUUCACUUGGCUGUGGUACUAAAUGCAUAGGAAAAAGUAAAUUAUGUCCGCAAGGUUUAAUACUCAACGAUUCACAUGCUGAGGUAAUGGCUAGAAGAGGAUUAUUGCGGUAUAUGUACCAUCAACUAAACACAACUUUGAAAAACCCUGAAGGAGACAAUGAUUGCAUAUUUAGGUGGCUGCCGGAGAAGGAAAUAUUUAAACUAAAAGAACAUUUAUCAUUUCAUUUCUUGAGUACCCAAACUCCUUGCGGGGAUGCCUGUAUAAUUGCUGCGCAAAAAACUAAAGAAUUAACUGAAGAACCUUUAAUUAAACGUAGCAAAGUGGAAGAGGUAAAAAUUGAAGAUACAAAUGUGGGUUGUAUUGUUGAAAGUGUAUAUACUGGUGCUAAACUUAUAGGUUCCCACCAUAGCGAUGCUAUGGACCAGUUAGAGGGUGCUGUAAGAACUAAGCCGGGAAGGGGUGAACGUACUUUAUCCAUGAGCUGCAGUGAUAAAUUAGCUAAAUGGCAAGUAAUGGGUGUGCAAGGUGCAUUAUUGGAUUUCCUGCUUGAUUCACCCUUAUAUUUUGAUUCAUUAAACUUUUGGGGAGAAAAUGAUCUUGCUACCUUAGAAAGAGCUAUGUGGAAACGCUUUAAUAACAAUUAUAAACAUUCUAAGUAUUGUCUGCAUAUUCCCAAAAUAAAAAUAUGCAACAAACCGGAAUUUCCAUAUUUUCAAGAUAGCACAAAACAACCUUCACCAAAUGGUCUAGUGUGGUGUAACUUACCAGACAGUAUGAAACCUUAUGAAAUAUCAGUGAAUGGCAAGAAACAAGGCAUUACUUCGAAGAAACUACAUAGUCCACAGUCGGCUUUAAAAAUUUCCAAAUAUUAUCUUUUUAAAGAAUUUUUAAAUAUUACAAAGUUAUUGCGGGAUUCUAUAAACAAAUUUGGGGAUAUGGAAUCUAAAACAUACUUUGAUUGUAAAUCUUUAGCAAAAGAUUAUCAAAGUGCUUGGUCUGAUGUUAAAAUAAACUAUUUUAAACAAUGGUCCCAGAAACCAGAUAAUCUUUUACAAUUUUCGGUUGAAGAGGUUGAAAAUAAAGGAUUUGGUAAAAAAUAAGUGUUGUGUUAAAGAAUUUCUUUUCUUAAGUUACAGUUGUAAGGAAACUAAGCUUUAACAUUUAAGUGGGAGCUAGAAAGGAGAUAGUUUAAUGAGAGGUAGAUGAUAAAAUUUAUCUAUCAUCUAUGUCGACACAAAAUCACGUCGACAGCUAAAAAAAAAGGUAUAUAUUUCGCCGAUAUCAAUAACAAUUGGUAACUAUUUGCAAUUUAACCCGUCUUAAAAUUCUGUCAAUAG